AUGAGUCUGUAUGAACUAAUUUCCUGCUCUAUUCCAGUUAUUAACCUGUCUGGCUUUGGUCUAGAUUUAGAUCUGCCGAACUUGUCCCUCGAGUCGACUUCGACUAUUGUUGAUACACCUGCUUGUAUCAGAACAUCCAAAACUAAUAAAACCACUGUGCACCACACAAAAACCAACAAAGGCGAAGCUGAGGCAAUUGUUGCCAACUUUCCGAAGCUCGCGUUUACUGUUGAUUGGUCGACAAAUGAGAUUGGACAAGCGGUGCCAACCGUCAGAUGUGAGGUGUGGACCAUGGGUCGCCCGCGGUGCCGGCCGACUGCCAGACACUUCCACAACCAGCCCGAGCUGCGAGGCUACGGACUCAUGCUGAGGUGGAUCUUGUUCGUGUGGCUCGCCAGCUGCGGACCUUUGGGCAACACCGUCAAGCAGGAUGGUUCCUAG